AUGGCUCAGAUGGGGAAGGAAUUUAAGGCUGGCGUUGACUUGCAAAGGGACAAGGAUGGUGGUCCUCGGGGUGGAGAUUCGACUGAUGAGGAAGAAGUGGAGGUUGAAGAUGAUGCUCUAACAGAUGAAGAACGAAGGUUUCUAGAACAAUUCCACAGCUGGAGAAAGAACGAAAACAAGCGCAUUAGAACACUCUAUGCCAUCGCUGACAACAUUGACAAAAGAGACCGAAAAGCCACCAAAACCAAAGUGAUGACUAACUCUGCGUCAGUCAUCUCUGGAGCCAUGUGUCUGCUGGGUUUGGCCCUUGCUCCAGUAACUGCAGGCGGAAGCCUGGUGCUCACUGCUGCUGGGACGGGUUUGGGGGCCGCUGCUGGGAUCACCAACAUCAUGACUGAUGUGAAGGAAGACUCUCACAACAAAAGCGCCCUAGCUCAGGCCAACAGAAUCAUACCUAGUAGUGACCAAGAGCUUGAGGAGGUCACGGGAAAGAAGACAGCCUAUGCCACAGCCACCAGUGAGAUUGUCUACAAAUGUACGAGCGCCUGGGAAACCAUCCGAAAGCACAUCCGAGCCCUCCAGCUAACCAAAACACACCCCCAUGUCGCCUCGGCUGCCAGCAAGCUCAUGACUGCUGGCCGGGUCUCAACCCAAAGCAGCAGGCAGAUACAAAAGGCCUUUGGGGGCACAGCUCUGGCAAUGACCAAAGAUGCCCUCAGGUGGAACAGUCUACCUGCCAUCUUCUUUCUCGGCCAGGACAUAUAUGCUCUCUUGAAGGACUGGGAGAAACUACAGGCUGGAAAGCCAACAGAGCUUGCAAAAGAGUUAAGAUCGCGGGCUCAGAAGCAGGAGCGGGAGGUAUCAGAACGCACCUGUCGCUAUGAAAGGCUGAAGAAGGACAAAUGGCUAACGGUGGUGCCUAUCAGCACACCAAGGCACCGCUGGCCUCCAGGGCCCCUCGCUCCGAGCGACCUUUGUUUUUCUGCGCUAGGCUUUCUUCAUAUAGAGAAAGCCCACCGCAUCUUUGUCUUAGAGAGGGGGGAGAAUCGGAAGGCUGCAGCCAACUGCACGGGUCAGCCCCAGCCACCUGGGAAGGCUGCAGCCAACUGCACGGGUCAGCCGCAGCCGUUCGGGAAGCCUCCUAGCAGACAAAUUGACGUAGAGCUGUGA